UGAGGAAUUCAAUAAACAAUUCUUAAAAAGUUACUAAAGUUUUCAAAUAAUAUCAUCAUUUAAUAAUGAAGUUUAUUAUGAUCAGCGCUAUUUUAGUUAUUGUCAUGACCGCUAACAUUACUGACUGCCAUCACUUUAUGACAGGACUCUCAGGCUUUCCCGGUCGUGGAUUCCCGUUCCCCUCCCGACGCGACCCCUUCAGCCGUCAGGAGAUACUGCAAAAGAUGGACCGAAUGGAGCACCGGGUGAACCAAUAUCUCGACGCCGCCAUCGGGUUCGAGACUAGACGUAACGCCACUGACGUACAGGUGCUUCAAGAGAUCAGGAGUACGGAUGUGCCCCAGUUUUUCAAUAGUCUCCGACAGAAACUGAAUGCUACCGUUCCCGUCACCGGGACUACUAUUGAAGGUGGUGCUAUCGUAGCUCCGAUUACCGGUGUUAAUGGGACUGGCCAACAAUUUACGACAGGAUACCCAGGUUUUCCCGGUCGUGGCCCGUCAUUCGGUUUAUUUGGACUCAACCCGCGAUUUCAGUUGCCGUUCCCCUUCCGACGCGACCCCUAUAGUCGUCAGGAGAUACUCCAAAGGAUGGACCGAUUGGAGCAAUGGGUGAACCGUUAUCUCGACGCCGCCAUCGGGUUUGAAACAAAACGUAACGCCACUGACGUACAGGUGCUCCAAGCGAUUAGGAAUACGGAUGUGCCCCAGUUUUUCAAUAGUCUCCGUCAGAAACUGAAUGCUACCGUUCCCGUAGCUCCGAUUACAGGUGUUAAUGGGACUGGUAGUGUUGCAAUUGGUGCCUAA